UCCAAUAUAAAGAGGGAAACACAUCGUCAUUAUUGGCAAGCAAUACAUCACAGCGACAAAACUAGAUCAAUGCUUCAAUCGCGCCACGAUGUCGUCUGCUGUGAGAAGUCGUCUGCCAAUAAAGAGGCGGGGCAUGUAUCUUGAUUUGUCAACAAACGUCAAAAAGGAACCGCAAAUAGGCGGGAUGUAAUCUUAUUUAUUUGCAACUUGCAAGAUAUUAAGAUCUCAAACAGAUUCUGAUCUAGCAGUGUUUAAUUAUAAGAGCAACUAAUUUCGUCUUGUAUUUAAACUGAAUAUUUAGUUUCCCUAUUUUCAAAAAAUUAAACUUUUAGUUAGACGAUCUUUCAAAAUCUAGAGUAAGCGUUAUAUUGAAACAUUUAUAUUAUACAUAUAAUAAAAAAGGACAUUGUAUGAAACGUGAAUAUUCGAAUUUUUUUCUGAAAGUAUUAUACAGAAUAUGGAAUCGAGUCUACAUUCAGAGGCAAAUCACCAUGAACAACGUGAACAAUCGACAGAGAACGUGCACUGCACGAGGUAUCCAGACGCAGACGAUCGUGCACGAGAUCUCAUGAACGCAGGUAUGAUAUCAGAAAGUUCUGACCAACCAAGAUUUUCUCCACCAUGUCCUUCACCAUUGAAGAUCUCGAAUUUGAUCGCCCCGUCCCCAGGAAUUGUUGUGUCCGUACCGUCGCAUGUUGAUAGUUCCACUCCCGCCUCAUACUCUAAGCGUGUAUCACCCGGUCUGACAUGCCUAGUAUGCGGGGACACGUCGAGUGGUAAACAUUACGGGAUACUGGCGUGCAACGGCUGCAGCGGGUUCUUCAAAAGAAGCGUCAGAAGAAAACUAAUUUAUAGAUGCCAGGCUGGUACCGGACUGUGUAUUGUUGACAAAGCGCACAGGAACCAGUGUCAAGCUUGUCGUUUAAAGAAAUGUCUGCAAUUAGGGAUGAACAAGGACGCUGUACAAAAUGAACGUCAGCCCCGAAACACUGCACAGAUCAGAAAUGAUCAGAUGGAAAACGGGUUUGAGUCUAGCUUAGGAAGUACACAAGCGACCGUCUCGGCCACGCACCCCGCGUUUAGUCCGGCCGCUAAACACAGGCUGAUGGCGGGAAUCAGUAGUCGUGAAACCUCGACAAAACAAGAACACAGACAUGAAGACCACGAUGAAAACAUUGACGUCACAGGCACCGACAGUAACGAACGUCACGUGACACCAUAUUACAGUAGCUAUGGAGACACGUUCUUCCCCCUGGCUGGUCAAGAAACUAUGUAUGAAUGCUCUGCUAGACUGCUUUUUAUGGCUGUACGAUGGGCAAAGAAUCUCCCGUCCUUUGCCAAUUUACCAUUCAGAGACCAGGUUAUACUGUUAGAAGAAACAUGGGGAGAAUUGUUCCUGCUAUGUUCUAUCCAGUGGUCGAUGCCGAUGGAAGCAUGCCCGUUGCUAGGCAACCUAGAACAUAACCAAUCAAAAUCCGGGUCCUUGGCUGCUGACAUCCGGGCACUUCAGGAAAUAUUUUCGCGGUUCAAGGUCAUUGGCGUUGACCCUGGAGAGUUUGCCUGCCUGAAAGCCGUGUCAUUAUUCAAGCCAGAGACACGUGGAUUGAAAGAUCCGCAUCAAGUUGAAAAUCUACAGGAUCAAGCCCAGGUCAUGCUUGGUCAACAUAUUCGUGCACAACACCCCACACAGCCUGUCAGAUUUGGACGUUUACUUUUGAUGUUGCCAUCACUACGAUUUUUAUCAACUGAAAGUCUGGAGAAGGUGUUCUUUGGAAGGUCGAUCGGAAAUACACCCAUGGAAAAAUUACUUUGUGACAUGUUUAAAAGUUAAACUCUUUUUUUUUGUUGGAUUUUGUGGACCAAAGUGUAUGUUUCAGGACAUGUAUAUUAUUGAUCCAGGACGAAUGAUUACAUGUAAUUUUCAUACCAAAACAUUUUAUGGAAGAUAAAGGAAACAAAUCACUUCCCAAAUCAAGAAAAGAAAAUACAAAACAAAACAAAGACCAAAAUGAGAAACGUUUAACAACGUAGAUGAAGGUGUGCCUGAUCUUAACCACCAAUAUGACAUUGUAAAUAAAGUCCUGGUAAAAUAUUACAGAUUUAAGACAAACAAAAAGAUGACUUAAUCCCUAGUAAGAUAACAGUAUUAUAUAUAGAUCUAUAUUUAUCAAAAACAUAUUUUUCAAUGCACGAUGGUACC